GAUUUGACAACAACGAAAAAAACAACAAUCAAAAAUGGUUUUAGUCCAAUACAUCCUGUUACGUCGUGAUCUAUUCACCGUUUUAAAUUGGCCACUCGGUGCAUUCAUUACACAAGGAUGUCAUGCAUCAACUGCAGCAAUUGCCACAUUCUACUCUCAUCCAGACACUGUGGCCUACUUGGCUCAGUUGGACAGAAUGCAUAAAGUCACACUCGGUGUGGAUAAUGAAGAACAGUUGAAAGGGAUUGCUGAAAAGUUGAAAGAUGCUGGAAUUGAACAUUAUUUGUGGGUAGAGCAACCGGAGAAUAUCUGUACUGCAUUGGCUACACGACCUUAUGAGAAGUCAGAAAUUCAAUCGUAUUUCAAAGGGUUAAAAUUGUUAUCAUGA